AUGCAUUGUGGGUACAGUGGUAUUGAUCAGUCCCUUUCUCUCCGGCUUUCUUUCUUUACACCAACAGAGAAGGAGACUUUCUUGGAACCGUUUGUGCUGAAGAACCUGCUGCCCUCGACCCUGGGGAGUUAUUACCGCUACACGGGUUCCCUGACCACGCCGCCCUGCAGCAAGGUGGUGGAGUGGAUCGUCUUCAGCCGCCCCAUCUACGUCUCCUACAAACAGUUGGAGGCGUUCUACUCCAUCUUCACCACGGAGCAGCAGGACCAUGUGAAGAGCGUGGAGUACCUGCGCAGUAACUUCAGACCCAUCCAGAGCCUGGACCACAGACUGGUCUACAAGUCUGCAGUGAGAGACGCCUGGCUGCCGGAGCUCAGCGACCACAGCGGGCCCCUGGGCACCGAGGCCUCCAAAGUACACAUGUCCUGA